GAGAGGCAGAUAACGCUUCAAACAGCGGAGGCGGCGCUUACAAGCCAGUACCACCCCCGAAGCGGGUGCUGGUAGUGACGUCACCACCCCCGGAGGCAGCAACCUCCACCCCUCCACCACCCUACAGGAUGCCUCCCUACCCUCUGCACCCUCAAGCCGGAGUCGCCACACCCUACCAGCAACCCCCUAUCCCAGGAGCUGCCAUAGAUACCUCCCUACCUCCACAUCACAGCAAUUUACACACACAUUCCAGCAAGUUUCCUAUUGAACGUGAAGUCAUCCUAACUAGUGGUGAUAAAAACUCGAAAAUUCCAAUUCUGAACGAGUACAGAAAACGCUCGAAAGCUGCUGUGAUAGCACCUGAUGCCCCCAACAAACAACUAGCCUGGACUGAAGACAAAAAUAGGUGUGACCCUACAAUGCAAGGUAAUGCUUCUCAAGAGACAAUGCCUGUUCACCAAGUUUACAAGGCUCAGCCAAUGACGUUGCUCGACUCAAGCCAAAUGUCGGAGCCUUCUCCAAUCAGGCCGCAGGAUCAUAUGAAUGGAUAUUCGAGUAUCUCACCAGGCACAAUGUCAUCAACGGGGGCCGUUCCUAAAACCCCUCUACAUUCGACCCCUGAGGAAAGUGGCACCAAAGCUUUCCCAUCAAGGACCUAUCACACCAUCAAGGACAUGAUCUCAAGUCGGUUCAACAAGGGCACGCCACAGGGCACACCUCAGGGCAUGCCUCAGGGCACGCCUCAGCACCAACCCAACGGAGGAGGUGGUGAAGAUAGCCUCAGUCCUCAGAGCCAGCUGAGGCAACAUGGCGUUUAUUUGGCCAGUUCUCAACAGCAGAGUCGGGCGGCUAUGAGUCAUGCCAAUAAUUCUAGUGAUCUUAUGAGACGCAACCAAGAGAUCAGACUGCAGCUAGAGAGAGAGCGUCGCGAGAGAGAGGCAGCCGAUGACGGAGGGUUCCUGGAGACUCCAGCCGGAGGCUCCAGCAACAACCAGAGGUUGUCCCAACAUCACACCGGCUCCAGGCAUUCUGUCAUCGAAAUGGAAACUCCUAGGAGUCGAGGAGGAGGAGGAGAGCAUAUGACGAGAGAGCAAGUGAUAGCGGAACAGAGGACCCCAGGGGCCAGUAGGAGGGGCGCACCCCAGGGGGUUCCAGGGGGUGCUACACCCUCGGACGGUGGAAGUAUUAGGCCUAACGAGGUCUAUGGAAGAACCCCGCAGCCUGCUUAUUAUCCUAAUGAAGGAGGCUACGGAGUGCCAGGCAACCGGAAAAGCCUGGUGGAAAUUGAAAAUGCCCGGAGAAUGGCAGAAGCCGAUGUGAUAAGAAGUGCUUCCGAACAGACAACCCCAACAGAAUCACAGAUCACAAGUCACAGAAAAUCACAGAUCCAGCUACCACCAGAGCAACUACAACAACUACCAAACUCCUGGAACUCCUGGCAUGUCACGAGCGGCUGGAGACAACUAUCAAACACCCAGGAAUCCUGGAGAAAACUUUCAAACACCCAGGAAUCCUGGAGAAAACUACCAGACUCCAGCGGGACCAACCAGGACUGCUGGAGAGAAUAUCAGAGGGGGACUGGAGAAAAUAUCUAUCAAGGUAGAGCAGGUGCUGGAGAGAACUUCCAGACUCCAGCAGGAUCUAGGACAGCUGCAGACAACUAUCAAAACUCUGGAGCAAGUAGAGAAAACUAUCAAGGGCCUUCCAGGACAGAGAACUAUCAAGGACAAAAUAGGACCUCUGGAGAGAAUAUCUAUCAAGGGGGUACUAGAACAGGUGAUAAUUUCCAGACUCCAGCAGGGUCUAGGGUGGCUGGGGAUAGCUAUCAAACCUCUGGAACAAGUAGGGCUGCUGGAGAAAAUUACCAAACCCCUAGGGAUCGUGUAGUACAACAGGAGGACAAAGCUCAAAGUUUGGGGGUGUAUGUAUCCCGUACCCCCCUGGAAACCCCCCGUAACAUCGCCAACCAGAACGGGGGCUCCCAAUCGGAGUUCCGCGCCCCAAAACCACCCACUUUCGGGGGGUUUAAAGCACCCCAUCGACGGGGAAGUAUGUUUUUGUCUAGUGAUCGUUUGGAUGCUAGUGAUGUACAUAGUGGAGUCAAGGAUAACAAAGCGGCUUCAGAGGGAGAAGAGAAUGAUCGACAUCAUCAUAAUGAUGACGACGAUGAUGUCGGAUUCUCGAAGGGGGCCGGUUCGGAUUACGAGAAGCUGAGAGGGGGUAUGCAGUCGGAUUCGGGGCGGGGAAGUACGGUUUACAGUAGCGGGAAAGCGAAAACGGAACGGAACGUGGAUACCAGUCCUGAGCCAUUACCUCAUCCUGGUGCAGGCGAAUCCCAGUGGGUAGACAUGGUCGAGAACGAGCUACGUCACAUCUUGGACCCGAAACUUCACCACAAUCACAGCAUUGCCAACUCUACACUCAGCGAGAGUAUAUCAUCGGUCACCCCGCCACUUCCACCUCUAUCUCCUGGGGGAUCUUCGGACGAUACGGGGCCUACUUUCAAGAAUAAAGGCCUAAGCUACGGCAUGAAAAGCGACUACAAGGGACGUAGCAACGUCGGUCGGGGAACCUGGAGUCGACCUACCAAAGAUAAGACGCCUCAUCACAGGCAUAACCACACAAAAACUCCAGGUUCAAAAGUCACCUCAAAUAUGAUGUGCAGUAGCCUUGAACUGGACUCGAUGCUGGAUGAGAACAACUCGAGUGAUGAACUGAGCACAACUGUAGAUACAGCUGACACUCGAGCCAUAAGGAAACAGCUCGAGGGACUCGAAAACAUGUACUCUGAGGUUCUGAAACUACUCGGCGUGAAGAACAAACAGGCCACACCAGGCGGAGUGGGAGGUCGAUACCAGGCGUCGGACCCCCGGGUGCACAAGAGGAGGUUACACGGUAGCAUGUCUUCACUGCCCAGCUCGGUCAGUUCACGGCCGAUCAGGUACAGCGACAAACGCAGGCAGGCGGAUGACAGGAAGAAGGUCAAAGAUAUCAAGGGGAUCAACAAGCGAUUCCAGAGAUUGGAAUCUCACGUUGUAACCCUGGCCAGGAGUGUCGCGCAUUUAUCAUCAGAAAUGCGGACGCAGCAUCUUAUGAUCCAGGAGAUGGAAGUUAUCAGAGGCGAACUAGCCGCUCUGAGAUCGCAAACCAAUAUGGCGACGGCACGGUCUCAGAGUGUUCCCAAGGCGCUCAACAAAAUCAGUGUCGAGCAGACCAAUUCGACGCCCGACAAAGUUAAAAAAUUGACGAAAUUUUUCGGCGAUGAACCACCUCUCAUGAGGUUGUUCCUCAAGAAACUCGGAUAUGAGAAAUACGCCAGCGUUUUCGAGAGCGAGAAAAUCGGCCUAGUAGAACUGCCCUAUCUCUCUGAAGAGAGGCUACACAAACUGGGAAUUCCACUCGGACCGCGCAUUCGAAUUCUACAAGAAGCACAACUGGGACUCAACACUUCAAUGCAUGAAAACACCUUGUGCAUUGUUUAGUUUGUGCCAGAUUCAGUUUGUGCCAGAUGUAUUUGGUCUGGAACAAAACACUUGAUAAAGAGUUAUUGUGUUUCCAAGUUACGAGAACAAUCUACUUCUUGGUUUAGAACAGAAUAACUUGAUCCAAAUGAAUUUAAUUUGAGAUAACUGUGUUUUGCUCGUAGACUUCAACAGAUCAAUCACAAGAACUUCUAGAUUUUUAUCUUUGAUGAUGAGUCAAAGCUUCAAGUUGUUUGGCGAUGAAUCAAGCUUCAAAUUGGUAAUGAAUCAAAGCUUCAAGUUGUUUGAUUUUUGUUAAUCAAUUAGAAGAAGAAAAUGUUUGUUCCUACUUAAUGCUCUUCAUGAUACAAAUAUGUGAACAAAACUGCAAGUUUUUUUAUUCUUAUUUAUUAAUCAUCAUAACAAACUUUGAAUUGUUUGAUUUCUGUGAAUCAAUCAUGACAAAAACUGUGCAGGCCAAUUUCUUGAUUUGUGCUGAUCAAAUAAUAAUGAAAACAAGCUGUGCUAGGUUACUUUUUGAUUUAAUAUGUUAUAAUUAUGUAGAACACACUUCAAAGCAUUGUUCGAUUUGUGUGAUAUGUUAAACUUUUUUUGUUGAGUUUUUUGGAACUUAUAUCGAUAUUGUGUGCAGCUAAGAUGUGAACUAAUUUACUGAUGAAAACAAUUGAGAUGGAGAGGGAAAAUAUUUCAAAUAUGUAUUAUUUCAUAUUGCUUCUACGUAGAAGUUGAACUAAUUUUGGAACUGAUAAAGGAAUCAAUAAGAUUGUGUCUAUUAUCAAUGAUUUGUCUAUGUAGUAACUACUACUGAAUAUGUAUACUCAUAUCGAAGUACUAGUAACAUAGUGUUUGGAAAAGUUUGAGGUUUUUCAAUGAGACAGUACUAGAUGUGUUCGAAUACGCAUUUUUAAAGUGAUUCUAGUAUGAAUCAUAAGGAAAGAAAAGUUAGUGAGAAUCUUAAGGCACUGAUAAGAGUGUUUCCUUGUAUGAAUCACUAGUUUCCCCACUUCUUUUUAGGUUUUCAUUCAAUGACCAGAAAAGACAGAAUUUGAUAAGUGGAAAAGGAAAGUGAAAAUCACUUUUAAGAAGCUAUAGUGAGGUCCACGUUAUAAUAGCAGUGUUUGAUUAGCAAUGGUACUGCUAUCCUUGUCUAUUAUUCAACAAAGCGGAUAUCGUUAUCUCUUUCUCGAUUUGCUCUGUUGUCAGAUCACCUUUUAACAAUGUAGAAUUAAUAAAUAAUUAAUCAACAGAAUAUUCCAUCUUGAUUAUGAACAUUCAUUAUUGAUAGAUAUAAUUUAUUGUUUGAUAAAAUAUAAUUGAUUAUUUUAAACGAGAAUGAACAGCUAAAAUUACAACAAUAAACCUGUAUCAGCUACCGUCUAUAGAAGGCAUUAACAAGACAGAGGAUCCGCAACGUUGUUCUCCUAUCUUUCUCCACUGCCAUUAAACGUGAACCUCAGUAUUUAAACUGAUAAGAAUGACACUUUCUUCACUUAUAAUCCAUGUUGUGUUCUGCGUAUGGUUCUGCAGUUUAUGGCAUAGAUUCAGACAGUAUUGUCUACUCCAUUUUUUCAAGUCAGGACAUAACUUAUCUCUGAUUAUGGAUUGACAAUCUAUACUCAAGUACGGUACUAUUGAGAAGAAAAUCCACUGUUUAUGAGAAUUUACACUGAAUUUAUGGAUGUACAUUAUUAUAUGAAAAAGUGAGCUCUGUAUUUUCAUACCGAUUACUGUCUAUGAUUAUGAACGAUUUUCAAGCAUCUAAAUUUGAAAAUCUACUUUGUGAGAAUAAUUGAGGAAUGAAAAUUUUGUAAAGUGAAUAACUACAAAACUCAACCUAUUUCGGACUAUGUGUAACCUUAUCUAAAUUUGGGAGAGGAAUAGCACAAGGUUACCUUAUUUUUUCUCUCUCCAUCAGUUUACCUUAAUAUCAUCAUUGAUACCUUAUUGUAUCAAUCAAUAAGAAUAAAGAAUAUAAAAGUGAGCACUGUAUUUCCAUACUGAUUACUGUCUAUGAUUAUGUAAAUAUGUUCUAUGAUUCUGGUUGUAUUCCAUGUGUAUUAUACUUGAAUCUUGUUGCACGGUCUUGUGUGUUCUGAAUCAAAAUAUAAUCAAACUCACCAUAUAGCCUCUAUCAAUUUUAAAAUGAUAGUAUGAUGCUCAAAAAUAUUGAAGUUUGUAAAUACCGUAUAUCGCCCAUAUAUUGUACAGUAGAAUUCUAAGUCACAUUUAUACAAGAUCUUGUAAACUAUGUACAUAGAGUUUGUAUGAAAUACAUACCCUACGAUUAUUUUGAAGAUAUUCAUUUAUACAUUACAUUGCCGACAAAUUAAUCAUUAUAAGAGUUUUCAUCCAGAUGAAUAAAAUAGGAUACUAAUUAUUGUAGAUUUUGGUUGAAAGUAUUGAUUGUAAAUAAUAGAGUUUAAUGGAAAGAUACACAGUUUAUUGUAAAUAGUCUCAUUGUCUCUGGAUUAGAUAUAGCAUGAUUGUUUUAUACGUUUUUCAACAAAGAUAUGAUUAUGCAGUACGAAAUAUAUUUGAUUUUAUUUUGAACAAGA